CACACACACACGCUCUCGCACUCUCUAUCUCGCGCGCGCGCGCACACACAGCUGUCGGGAACCAUGACACAAGAUGACCGAUACAGUGGUCGUCGAGGGACAAGUUAGAUUCCGAGAAGGAAAAAAGUGGAAGAGCAGAUGGGUGGUCCUGAGAAAGCCCUCUCCGGUAGCAGACUGCCUUUGUGUGCUGGUCUAUAAGGAGCGCAGUAAAGGGCAGCGGGAGAAGAGUCAGCUCACUCUGGGUGAUAUCUGUGGCCUGGAGCUCCUGCAGGGUUUUGAAGGAGUGAACUACGCCCUUACCCUGCUCUGCCUCACGCAGACCCUUACACUCGGAUUUGACAGCAGAGAAAACCUCCUGGCCUGGGACGCACGUAUCCGAUACAGCCUUGGAGAGGUCCACAGGUUCAGUGUAAACGUCCAGCCGGGCACUAAGCUGGAGAGUGGCGCAGCCUCACUGCAUCUGUGUAAUAACCUGCUCGCUAUAGCCCGAGACAUCCCUCCAGCAGUUAUUGCGCACUGGAGACUGACUGACCUGCGAAGAUAUGGAGCAGUGCCGAAUGGAUUUAUCUUUGAGGGAGGGACACGAUGCGGCUAUUGGACUGGUGUCUUCUUUCUGGCCUGUACAGAAGGGGAACAGAUCAGCUUUCUGUUCGACUGUAUCGCUCGAGGCACCUCUCCAAGCAGGACACCAUUUGGAUUGCGCCCCUCCCUACCAGACCUCAGCGCUCAGGCGUCCUCUGUGGAGGAGAGGAUUACACAGGAAGCCAGCGAGCUGGAGAAACGCCUCAGCAUGCUGUCAGUCUGCAGCCACCAGAGCAGCACAGCCUCCCACUCCAGCUCCACUGGAGAUGCCCGCAGCAUCUCAAGCUCCUCCUCCGAGACCAGCCACUCAGACGCCAGCUUGAGCAGUCGCCUAGCAACAUGGGCUGACCCAGUUCGAUACCCCACUCCUACAGAGCCCUCUGUGUCAGGAGCGACGGGGUCAAGGCCAUCCAGUGAGGAGCAUCAUGAAGGACUACUCCGCCCACAAACUAAACCGGCCCAUCCCAGAGGACUUCAGGAGGCCGGGUGGCAGAGCUCGACUGACAGCGGCAUCGCCACAGGAAGCCACUCAUCCUAUUCUGGAAGUUUCUCAUCCUACACAGGCAGCUUAGAUACCACACAGGGAGAGAUUGAGGAGUACGGCUCGGUGCUGAGCCUCACACUGAACACAAAUUCCAGCACAAACCUGACUGUAAACCCCAACACUCCAAUUUCCACUUCUAACACAAACCUCAGACUUCCUCCACAGUUCCAUACAUCCAGCAUAUCAGCAAGCCCCACUCCCUUGCCAGCAGGGCACAGACCAUGUGUUUGCCAUAUCAGUGGUGUAUCUAAAGCACAGGAGUUGGAGUACAAGGUGCCUGUGCCUCUCCUGCAGCACUACGACACCCCUCGCAGACUUGUCCAUCCUCACCCCUCCACCUCCUCGACCCAGAAGCUCCAAUGUGGCCAAUUAGAGCCACUGGGAAGCCCUGCUUCUCCCACAAUGACUGCACCCCUGAGGCUGAGUGGGAGCGGUGACGGAGUACUACCCUCUGGAAGCUUGACCAUGCAGGGGCACAUUCUCUGUCCGGUCUGUGGAGGACUGAAGAUGGUAAUGCCUUCCACACACACACGUUCCUCUCAUGUCCCUGCUGGACUAGGUAAGGCUAAUGUGCAGGCAUUUUAUGUCUUUGCUGGCUUUAGGCUGUUAUUGGGUAUAACUAUCUACAUCACUCCUUUAGAAAAAACAAAGCCUGAACUGAGCAGUGCAGCUGUAUCUGCAGCUGCUCAGGGUGCGAGUGUGGACUCCACUGAGGCCGAGCAGUUAAGCAGAUAUGAGCUGAUAAGCGGCCAAAUACCGCAGAAGUGCUUUUGGGAGGCUGAGGGACGUUCAUCAGCAGUGCCUACAUCUCCCAUGAGCUCUCUGAGGCUUUUCAGACACUCUUCCUUGUCGGGGAGAUCAUUAGCUCUAUCAGGUGAAUCAGGGUUUACAGCCACAGAGCGACUCCAGGGGGAAUCUGUGAAUUACGUCAACAUCCCUGUUAGUCCCAUGUCUAAACGACAGCUAAACUACAUGGAGCUGGACCUGCAGGAUGUACAGGAGACUGGCCACACGGUCAGAGGGGCCUCCAACACUAAAUACGCACAGAUUGACCAUGCUGCGACAGAGACGGCUCAGAGAGUGGGAGCUCAGCAUGCACAGGGCAGAGAGGAGAGACUGCAUGAACUGGAGCAAAGGAGACGAGGAACGCUGAACUAAACACACACUGAACAAACAUGAUCCAUGAACAUAAUGCAAGAAGUACCAGCAUCUCUCAUGACAUUCACCACCACACAUUGGAUAUUACCUUUUGCUUUAUAACCUUUGAAUUUUAUUAUGAAAUGCAAUAUUACUAAAGUAAUUCUGGCAGCAACUGCAUUAAGUGCACAUGAAAACAUUUAGUUAAAUUUAUCGAAUUUUGUGUUUUUAUAUAUAUUUCACUGUACUUUUACAUACUAUUAAAGUAUGCUAAGAGUAUAAAAUGAGUCCAUAUACAUUACUAUUAGUUAUGGUUUUGAUUCAAGUAUUCAUGAUAACAUGUAAAUAGUCAACUUUUUUUUUCCAAAUGACCAACUUUGUACAUUUAAAUCUCAAAUGAACAUCUCCUGAGAAAU